CUUGUAGCUCACAACUUCUAAACACUAGGGUUUAAGGGCUUCUCUGCUCCUUCAUAUCUCUGGGGUUUUUACUUUUUAGCUUCCUUAGUUCACCGCGUCCGAGCCAAAACAGAGUCGUCACCAUGCCUCGCACCACCACACUUGAGUGCCCAGGUUGCCCUCCUCUUCGGGCCUUGACCUUCGACGAGCUUGGUCUCAUUAAAGUUACUGAAGCUCGGAGUAAGCAAGGAGGAGUGCCCAAGAUGGUUGAGAGGUGGGGUGACCCGGAUGCCUCGAAAUGCGUGCUCGCCGCUUCUAUGGUUGACCGGAAGUUCGACCCGUUGCUAGCGGUUGCGAGGAAGAAUGGCUCGAUUGAGGUUCUUAAUCCUCUCAAUGGUGAUCUCAAUUUUUCGGUCUCCAAUGUCAGUGAGAGUGGUGCUCAGCCCGGAGAGGAUGCUGUUUCUGGGUUGCAUUUAUUUGCAAAACAAAAUUUGGAACUAGAUUCUAGGUCUUGCACUUUGCUCACAUGUACAACGAAAGGAAAUGCAAGCAUAAGAUCUUAUGAAGUGACUAAAUCAGCUGCAGAUGUCACCUCUGGAUCUUCAAGAACAUGGAAUGUAUGUACUGGUGGUGAUAUCUUAUGUUCUAAAGUAGACGGAACUGAAAGCUAUUCUUUGUUCGGAGGGAAGCGCGUUGAAAUGAAUGUAUGGGAUCUUGAAAAUUGUGCCAAGAUUUGGACUGCAAAAUCUCCUCCAAAAAACAGCCUUGGUAUAUUUACCCCAACUUGGUUAACAUCUGCCACGUAUUUGAGUAAAGAUGAUCACCGCAAAUUUGUGGCGGGCACCAACAGCCAUGAGGUUCGUCUGUAUGACAUUUCGGCUCAGCGGAGACCUGUCAUAUCAGUUAAUUUCCGGGAGACCCCUAUUAAAGCUGUAGCAGAAGAUUUGGAUGGCUAUACAAUCUAUAUAGGGAAUGGAUCUGGUGAUCUUGCUUCUGUAGAUUUGCGUACAGGGAAAUUGCUAGGAUGCUUUUUGGGAAAAUGCUCUGGUAGUAUAAGAUCCAUAGCCAGGCACCCAGAAUAUCCAGUCAUAGCAUCAUGUGGAUUGGAUAGUUAUCUACGCGUUUGGAAUGUAAAGACGCGGGAACUACUCUCUGCGGUUUUCCUGAAGCAGCAUCUGACAAAAGUACUGAUCGAUUCAAAUUUUGCCAAUGAAGAAACCAAAGUUACCCUUCCUGCAGUGGAUGAGGAAGAGCAUAUUGCACCUGGGACUCCUUCAGAAGAGGACGGUGAGACACUACCUGUGAAAAAGAAAAAAUCUAAAGAAAAGAAAAGGAGCAAAAAGGAAGCAAAAGCAGAGAGUGGAAACGAGGAAGCUGGGACUUCUUAUGAAGAGGAUGGUGAAACACUACCUGUGAAAAAGAAUAAAUCUAAAGAAAAGAAAAGGAGCAAGAGGGAAGCAAAAGCAGAGAGUGGAAAUGAGGAAGCUUCUGAAGAAAAUGGAGCCAAGAAAUUAAAAUCCAAGAAAAGCAGCAAAAGAUUAAAACGGGAAAAUCUUGACGAAGAAAUAUGAUCGAGAUGAGAUUGUGUACUCAUUUUAAUUACAAACAGGGAAGAGGGCCUGUGUUAGCAAUGUUGUACAUUGGCCUUUUGUAUCAAGUGAAUCAGAUUUGUUAUUUAAGCAGAUUGGUGUUGAACCUGCUAAUGCAGCUAAGUUUUGAUACAGAUUACCAUAUCACUACUGUUUGUAGUCAUAAAGAUGUUCUGUUAGUAUCUGUAUCUUGAUCAGUGCCAGUUUUCAG